AUGUCCGCUCUCAGGAUGCUUGCGCCCUUGUUACUCCUGCUUGCCUCAGUCGCCAAUGGCCUCCUCCGGGAUGGCAAGCUUCGCGCUAACACCGCUCAUCCGCCUGGUGUCCCAAAGGUGUUCCCCCGAUCUGUCAAUGGACCAGUGACGAGUCGAAACGGCACGCAACUGCCUCCAUACGACACCGUCUAUUAUUUCGAUCAGCUGAUUGACCACACCAAUCCGAGCCUCGGUACUUUCUCGCAACGAUACUGGUUCACGUACGAGUUCUAUGAACCUGGUGGACCUAUCAUCCUGCUUACUCCCGGUGAAAUCAAUGCGGACGGCUAUGAGAGUUAUCUUACCAAUGACACUAUGAAUGGGCUCAUCGCGGAGCAACAGAACGGCGCGACGAUUGUGUUGGAACACCGUUUCUAUGGCUAUUCAAACCCGUAUCAGAACCUCUCUGUUCAAAGCUUGCAGGUCCACACGAUCCAGCAGGCGAUCGACGAUCUCGUUUACUUCGCCAGUAACGCAGAUUUGCCCAUGCCCGGGGGAGAUCACGUUACACCAACCGAGGCUCCUUGGAUUCUAAUCGGAGGAAGUUAUUCUGGUGCACUGACCAGCUUUACUGUGGCGAACCAGCCCGGUGUCUUCAGAGCUGCGUAUGCCUCGUCGGCCGUAGUCGAGAGUAUUGUUGACUACUGGGGAUACUUCGAGCCCAUCCGGCAAUACAUGCCGCAGAACUGCUCCGCAGAUGUUGAAGCUGUGAUCGCGUACCUGGACACGGUCUUCACAACCGGCACGACGGAGGAACAAGACGCCAUGAAGACCCUAUUCAACAUGAGUCUGUCGCAUCCCGAUGACUUCACCGGGGCCUUGAGGAACAAUCUCUGGGAUUGGCAGUCGCUGCAGCCGUAUGUGGGGCCUGGCGCGCAGUUCUUUGAAUUCUGCGAUGCAUUGGAGGUCAAAGAUGGCGUAAAUGCACCUGCGCAGGGGUGGGGUCUUGAACACGCACUCAACGCGUGGGGAACGUACUGGGCAGACACCUACUACUAUCUCAUUUGCGGCGAUUAUGAUGCAGAGACCUGCCUAGGAUCCUACGACCCCACGCAGUCCUACUACACGGACAUAGAGAUCAACGACUCGGGUCGAUCGUGGGAGUGGAUAGUCUGCAACUAUAUAGGUUUCCUGCUAGACGGUGCUCCUACCGGAUGGCCGAGCCUUGUUUCGCGACUUAUUCAGCCGAUCUACGACGAGCGUCAGUGCACAUACUUUUUCCCUGAGCAGUUCCCGGUCGCGACCGCCCCCAACGUUGAUGCCACGAACGCAGCUUACGAUGGUUGGUUCGUGAACGUGGACAGGUUAUUCUUCGCAAAUGGUCAACGCGACCCAUGGAGAGAAGCGACAGUUUCCGCCGAUGGAACGAACUUCAAGAGCACGCAGUCGCAACGCAUUGCAGUGGGGGACGGUUUCCAUUGUUCUGAUCUCCUCACGGCAUCCGGCCAGGUGGAUGCUACCAUCGCUGCGGUUCAGAAGCAAGUACUGGCAGCGAUGGCGGAGUGGCUGGUUGGCUAUGAGCCCUCUGCGCGCUAG